AUGGGUGAUAGACAACAUCUGUUAAACGCAUCCAGUAAAUUCUCUAUUGGUGGUGAUGAUGAUGAUAAUGGGAGCAAGAAACAACUUUUCAUCAAUAGUUUUUCUGAUUGGCGUCGAUGUUUCAGUAGAAAAGGCAGCGAUAAUAAAUAUAUAAAAUUAGAUAAUGAUACUCAACAUAGUGACAAAGAUGAAGCAGUUGGUGUUUUCCGUUUAUUUCGGUUUGCAAAUCGUAUGGAUUUUGUCCUGAUGUUUAUUGCUAUGUGUUUGGGAAUGGUGGAAACGAUUUGCACUCUCGUUACCUUAGUUCUUUUUGGUCGACUCACAGGAAUAUUUGUUACUGAAUCAUUUGGUGAUAAUUGCGAUUAUCAACACCAAAAUUCAAUAGCUUCAAUUGAGAACAACAAUACAUAUCCUCAAGUCAUAGAACUCAAUAUGCUCAACAAUAAUUCGUCAUAUAUGUAA